AUGGCGUCGUUGCAUCUCGUUAUCAUUUUCUGUUCAUUUGCUCUGUUUCAAACGACUAUCUUACCAAAUCUUGUUGGCGACGUUCUUUUAACCCGUCUCGAGAGUCCCUAUGAUGCGCCUGGAGAUGCAAUUAUUCCAUUCGGCUCAACCGUUACGGUCGAAAGUGGCACGACUGUGCGAUUCCCACGUGGCUCACAGCUUAUUGUUCGUGGAACACUUCUAGCCAAGGGUACACCUGAUCGACGAAUUAUAUUCACUAGUUCAACAAGCGCACUCUAUCAGGAUCAACAACAGAUUCAUCGAACAUCGGGUGCUAAUAUACGAUUUCGUCUUGUUGACGGGUCAAGUGUGCAGAAUGGUCUUCUACAAAUGUACUUCAAAAAUCGUUGGCGUUACGUGUGCACAGAAUUUUAUCGAUGGUUCGAUUACGAUGCAACAUUGACCUGUCGAAUGAUGGGUUUUCGAAAUGGAAGUGUUAUACCAUAUCGUAUUAAUGGCAGCGAACCGCCUUGGUACGGUUUACAAAUUGAUCAUCCCGCAUGUCGACCUUUUGUUGAUGAACAUGUACUUGACUGCCCUGGAGUUAGUGUACCGCCACGGCUAGGCCUUCAUAUUUGUGACGACAAACAGUAUGUUCGUCUGCAAUGUGAUGGCUUUUUUGACCCAUUGACUGUUCUCAAUUGGGGCGGCAUUGUAUUCGAACGAAAAUUCUCAACGAAUAAAUUAACUGAUAUUCCAGAAAUAUCAGAUGCAGCCUCACCGCUGUACAACGACCUCAAUCAACGACCAUCAAUACUGAAUUAUGUCGAUAUUCUCCAUGCUGGUUUAAGACCAGAACUAACCAUUCGAUCGUACGCCGAACGCUUUGCCGCACUGACAGUAUUCGAUAAUUUAGUCAAUCCAUUGUUUGACAAUAUCACAGUACUUUACUCUGCAUCGGAUGGAAUGAAUUUUUCUAAUGUUGGUAGCUCGGUCAAACUAAAAAACUCGGUGUCCGCCUAUAAUCGAGGACAUGGUAUUACUGUGACGAGUCGAUAUGGUAAUGUAACUUUGGAUAAUGUUCAUGUCUAUGACAAUGGUGGUGAUGGUGUUUACUAUGCAAUGAAUAAUACAGAAUGGUCAGAAAGAGAACAAGAAGAGAGUCCAAAGCGUUUGUACAAGUCGUUUUGUGAAACAGCGAAUACAGUCGAAUUUCCAAGUUAUUUCACGUACCGACCUCCGGCAGCCGGAACGUGUUGUACACAGGCUUUUUCGUCGAUGUAUAACACGCGUUUAACUGUUCAUUUUCAAUCCGUGUUUCUUGGUGACUAUCGUACACGAUAUCGAAUCGAACUAUACAAUGGUCUCUUUGACAUGAUGCCCUUAUUAGCCAAUGUGACAUUCAAUCGAACGAUAGAAAGUUUAUCGUCGUCAUCAAAUGAAUUACUUGUACGUUUAUGUCAUUCCUGUGAUGACGUACGAAGUUUAUCAUGCUGGAAUCAAUCUGAUCGAAUAGAAUUGUAUGUGGUCAAUGAUGAUGGUCGUGAUGCUGACAUGCACAUUUGGAAUAGUCGUAUCGUUAAUAACUCACUUAAUGGUGUUCGAGUGGUGAAUUUGCGGAGUCUCAUUGAAAUUAAUCAAACAAUAAUCAAUCAUAAUCAACGUCACGGCCUGGAUAUUGAUUCAGGAGCCGGUGCUCUGUGGACUUACCAUUCGAAAUUCAAUUCCAAUGGUGAAGACGGUAUUCAUAUGAUUUACGAUGGAGGAGAACGUCGAAUCUUUUAUUCGGACAUCUCGUUCAAUCAUCAGCAUGGUUUAUCUGUUCGUCCGGAUUCGGCACCGACUGGCUUUUUAUUAUCAUCUCUUACUUUUCCGACAUUUGCUUGUCGUCAACUGACGUUUGUUAAUGGUUCAUCGAUACGUUCAAACGGCUUCUACGGCCUGUGGCACCGCGCAACAUGUCAUCCUUCGUUAUUCUACGUCAACGGUUCGCUAUUCGAACGAUCAGUGUACGAUGCCAUCCGAUUCGAUUCUUGUCAACAUGAAUGGCGUCCGCAAAAAGUGAUUGACUAUCAAUUUCGUAGUCCAUUAGUUCCUCUGAAUAGCCUGUUACCACCUCCACCUCCACCUAGCAUUAUUUAUCAAGCUCCACUGAAUAUCUAUCCAGAUUAUCCACCAUGGAUACCAGUGGCACUGUUAUACGCAAAUGAGACCGGCAAUACAGUGAUGAAUAUAACAUGGAAUCGAUUUUUAAAUAACAAACGCGUCGGUUUACGCUUUAAUCCGAUACAAAAUGUUCUGGGCGAUAUAGCUAACAAUUCGUUCAUUGGACAUGAAAAUGGUGCUCUCUUAAUUGUAGGAAAUCAAUCCAAUUGGAUUGAAGACGUUUAUUUACGAAAUGUUACAUUGAGAAUAUUGUUCAAUAAUUUCACAAAUAAUUUCGGCAAGAAUUUCAUUGUUUCACUUGAUUUGAAUGAACUUUCACCUUAUCAAACAAUCUUAUUUAUGUACAAUCGCUUGAUUAAUAACAAUGUAACAUCAAAGAUUAGUCAGUUCUUGAAUGGACGUUCACGAAUGCCUGGUGUUUUAACGAUCGGUUCGAGUCAUAUUCGAAUAACCAGAAAUGUCUUUGGAAACAAUCAAAGUCAGUAUGAAAUUGUCAGUCAACUAACUAAUUCAAGUGCAACGAUCAAAGCCGAUAUGAACUUUUUUACUUCAAUCUACCCUCCACCAAGCACCUUAACACGAAUACCACUCAGUCCAUACGAAAGAAACCAGCAUAUGCAAAAUGCUGUGCAUAAUUAUCGUCUUUAUCAACGGCAAGAAAUUCCUCUACGACAUAUGUCACCGAUUCAUCGUAUCCUUCAUAAUCGGACACGUCGUCAACAGCAGAUGGAAGUUCAGCCGGUUCCUCAAAUAAGUUACACUUAUCUAACGGAACCCUACGAUCUCCGCACGGAUUUCUUUCCACAAGAUUCAGUUUUUCAACGUCCUUAUGCGCCACCGCAAACAGUCCAAUAUUAUCCACCUGAAGGUCAACAAGAAAUUCUUUCUGUUCCAUCAAUUAAUAAAUCGGCUCUUCUCUCGUCGAUAAAUAACGAUUGGUCAUACUACGCUUCACCUGCAUCACCAACGCCUUAUUAUUUCUCACUAUAUUACGAUCGUCCAGAACUAUGUUUUUCCCAAUGGCCGAAAAUACGUGAACGGAUAUUCGAUCAGCACAAUCGUUCUAAUCUCGCCAUGAUUGUUUGGUAUCCGUUUCUGUGUAGUGAUCGAAACUUAACAACGGAAAUUUGGCGUUGUCAACUACCAAAUUGCGGCUUUGAAUCGACGAGUUUCCGUAUUGAUCCUCUUGCAUCAACAAUUGGUGGAAUUAUAGAUAUGGAUUACAGUCUUUCGCCAGGUCGCUAUAUUGUUACUAAUGAUAUUCUAAUUAAACCGGAUAAACGUUUGUUAAUUCAAAGUAGUCAACUAGAAUUUCUAAACGGAGUUGGCAUGUUCGUGUACGGAGAAUUGAUGAUCCAAGGUGUUGAUGGUUCACCAACGCGGUUUGGUUUAUAUGAAAAUAGAACUUCGACAAGUAUCUUAGUCAACCAACAAAAACAACAAGAACAGAGUCAACGCAACAUUAUGUUAAUCGAUGGUACAAGUAUCUACGAAGGUCGAUUAUUUGUCACUAGUCUAAAUGAUGGAUCGGGUACUGUCUGUAAUCACGGUUGGACGAAAGAAAAUUCCAUGCUUGUUUGUAUGUCAUUGGGUUUUAUUCACGACCCAAAUGAAUAUCUAUAUCCCAUCAUCAAUCCGAAUCAAACAGUUACUAACGAUCCGAUCAUUUGGAGUGAAGUCGAUUGUGAUCUGUAUCAAGAUCAAACACUGGAACGAUGCCGCAAAGAAACUGUUCAUACGUGUGAUCAUUCUGAUGAUGUCUGGAUUAAAUGUUUACCAUCGUCAUGGGCUGGUGUACAUAUUUAUCCGACAUAUAGUAAAACUCACAUGGAGUUUGUUCAAUUCGAUUCUGCAGGCCAAUUCGAUGUUCACAGAGAUGAAAUUCAUGCUGCACUACAUAUCGAUCUUCUUUCUCACCCAUCAAAUCGCUUGAAAAACUUAACGUUCACUGACAACGUCAUUGGUUUGCAAAUCAAUCAUAUCCAUCCGGCGAACUACGAUCAUUCGAUCAUUCGUCAUUCGACAUUUAACCAUAAUUAUCUAGCUGGUCUUCUACUUCGUUCAAGUUUUUUGAAUGUUUCACAUUGUACAUUUACAAAUCAUCUACAUUCCGGUAUGACAUUCGACGCGUCUUAUCCGUAUCACGAACUUGAACAAUUACGCAUCAAUCUUCUCCGACCCCGAACAUCCGUUCAUACCAUCGAUUUAUUGUAUGAACAAUCGUAUGAACUCGAACGAAACAAAUUCGCAUUCAUCACAACAUCAUUUGGUGGUUACAAUGCCGAUGAUAAUCUUCUCCUGAACACGCUGAACAUUCGUACAGAUCCUUCGUUUAUUUUAGUCAUCGAUCUCAUUGACUACAAUCCACUAUCGAAUUUAAAUGAACAAAUACUUAUCUGCGAAGUUGAAUGCUAUCAACGAAUGGGAUUGAUGCAAAGUUUAUCGUAUAAGAAAUGGUCAUUAGCUAACGAUCGAGAUUUGUUUCCAUUAGUCACUUCAUAUUCAAGUUUGCAACUACAUUAUCGUUUGUAUAAAUAUCGUUCCAGUCGUUUAACGUUCAUAAUCUACAGUAUUCCCGCACCGAUCUUUACUCAAGGAAAGUUUCUCUCAGAUAUUUCUAUACGAUUUCAUCGUUGUCUCUUUUCGAUGAAUCAACAUGAUAUCCUUUCGAAUUUGAAUGAUCGGGAAAAGACAAACAAUCAGUAUGCGCUGACUAAUCAACUAAAAACGGAUACCGAACGUUUAAUUGAACAAUUAUUAAUGGGUCCACAAUUGACAAACGACGAUCCAUCGUUGGAUGUUAUCAUAGAAGAACAUCAGAAGAUUCGCGAAGAAUUUCGAGACGAAAAACUCGAAGACGAACGAUUAAAACGUCGUACUACGAUGAUCGAUGUUAAACGUCGUUAUAAAAACUCGACAUUACAAAUCAAUGAAUGUCUAUUCGAAUUGAAUCAAAACCGAAGUAUCUUAAUCAAUCACCAGUCGAUCAAACAUUCAGCGAGAAAAACCGAAGAAAAUAUUCGUAUGCUAAUGAACGAAACCAUUCAACAAAGAAAACAAUUCAUACCAAUACAAUUUACAUGUCGAAUUCAUAAAUCAAUUUUCAUGAACAACAAACAAGUGCUUAAUCUCGAUGCUCACCCACUAAUUUACUCGGAUCGAUUAGUCCGCUUCGAAAUUACUCAAACGAAUUUCACGCAUAAUCAUGAUCUACUAUUAAAUUUGACUUUUCCUCGAUUGUAUCCAUUUAAUCGCACAAGCUUUGCAAGUCUAUCGAUAUGGCCAUAUUUUCCCACUCGAUCGAUUUACACGCGUUCACCAUUGAUCUACUCGAUCCCUUCACAUGCUGUUCGAAUUUAUAAAAACGUUUUUAUUGCCAAUGAAGAUUGUUCCAUUCGUUUGACUGGUUUUCAUGCAUCAUUUAAUCUUACGCAUUCGUUAUUUGAAAACAAUCUCAAUUAUCGAACAUCGCUAGUUGAUCUUCGGCACACAGAAAAAGAUUUUCUACUCGACGGCAAUAUCUUCCUACGUAAUCAAGUGCAUAACUUACUCUCAUUUGAUUUCAAUGGUCACGCACCAUUUCAUAACGAUCUCUUAUAUCAAUCUUCGAUUAUAUUCAAUCAGUUUGUGGACAAUAAACCAUCUUUACUCACGAAAUAUCCAUAUCUACCAUCAUCGUGUUUACGUUUGGUUGGUUCACAUAAUGCGACGGUUCAACGAAAUUUAUUUGAAAAUGUUCAUUAUGAUUAUGAACUCAUUGCGGCACUUGUAAUCGAUACAAUAAAUACGACAUUAGAUGCCACUGUCAAUUGGUGGGGCUCGGAUGUUGGUCAAGCGAUACAGAAUCGAAUACUUGAUUUUACUAAACGUUCCGAUCAUGCUUACGCUCAGUGGAAUCCAUUUCUGGCUUGUCGAGAGUUAACUUGCGCACAAAUCAAAUUACCUUUACAAACAAUGCUCCAACUGAAUCGACCGCUACGAGGCUUAAUCUCUACGAAUACACUGAUUCAUCGACGACGAGAACCAUACUUGAUAAACGGGGACUUGAUUGUCAUGCCCGGUGUUAAAUUGACCAUUGAGCCGGGCGUUGAACUUCAUUUCGCACCAAAUACGGGUCUUUUAGUUCUAGGACAUUUGAAUGCUACAGGAACACCAAAAGAUCCUAUCGUCAUGAAAUUAGCCAACAAACAAUUUGUUAUGGAGCAAAUUCAAAAUGGACACAAUCCUUUUCAAUAUCAUUUUACCGAUGAAGUUCCUUUUUCAAAACAUAAAUUCAAUCCAUUCGUUGAUCGUUUGCAAAUUCGUCUCGAUAUCGGUCGAACGCCCAACGAAGGUUUUCUUCAAAUUUAUAAUUUCACUCGUCGUGACUGGUCCUACGUAUGUUAUGAUACAUUUCGGCAACUGUCUUCCUAUCGUUUACUAUGCCAUCAACUUGGCCUACCAUGGAAAAAUACUCUUGCACAUCCUGACUCAUUUUAUCUCUUCGAUUAUCAGAAAUUGCCGCUUUGGCAAGAAAAAAUUGAUUGUUCAGGAAACGAACCAUCGAUCUCAUCAUGCUCGUUUACAAACGAAUAUAAUAGUUCAUGUACCAAACUAUUCUAUCUAUCAUGUUAUGAUGACAAUGUUUUCUAUUCGUUAAAUUCAAAAUUUCAACCCGAACUCGGCAUCAACCUUGGUGGACAUGUAUCACCCGACUCUUCGCCAACGUAUGAAAGUCCACAGUCAUGGAAUGGCAUUCGCUUUGCUAACAGUGAAUAUGAAGAAGAUCUUUCGUCAUUGGAUUAUAUGAUUCGCGAUCAAUCGUUGCUUCGUUAUGUUUUGAUAUCGGAAACGAAUGAAUAUCAACCAGCAAUACAAACGAUCUAUCGUACGCCAGCAAUCGAACGCAUUCAUAUCGAACAUAGUCGACAGAUUGGUUUUGAAUUUCUCGUACCGAAACAAUCAGUUCUGUUCGGUUAUAGUCAGAUCACCAAUUCAUUAGAUUUAGCAGUGAAUGGUUUAGUUUAUUACGGACAAUCAACGGAUGAAAAGUCAACAUUUGAACUCCUGAAUGAACAGAACAUUCAUGGACAACCAUUCAGUUUACUUAAUCUUUGCAAUGCACAUCGAAUUGUUAAUGUUAAAUAUCGUUUGAUAACAUAUUUUAAAUAUGACUAUGAAUAUCGAACUUGUUCGAAAUUGUUCUGCUCAAAUAAUCCAUAUCAAAUUGGUAUACGAUUUUUCCAAGCAAAUUUAUUGAAUAGUACGUACCAAAAUGAUUGGAUUGAAAUUCAUCGUGUAAACAAUGAUCAAGAUGGCAAUGAACGAAAUGAAUUAUUAACUUCGCUGACAAACGGUUCGAGUGAAACAGCAUGGAGAAAUCUCUACAGUAUAGAAAAGGGUUGCCUAAGAGUGACAAUACAUGCAUCGAGUGGAAGUAAAAUAGAUGGUUUCAUGGCUGAAGUAACUCUUUUCCCUGUUACACCCUUUUCUACACAAGAGGUCGUUCAUCAAAUAUCUUCUAAUGUCUUCUUGGGCAAUCAACAGGGCGUGCUCAGAUACACGUCUGCAGGUGAACGGUCAGCGAACGUUUAUUUUCAAUCGAAUACUCUGCUCUAUAAUGGCUAUUAUCGGUUUAACUCAUCGUCAGCGCCGAUUAAUUUCUUUCACUUUCAAAAUGCUCAACGAUUCUACUUCGGAAACAAUUGGUUAAGUCGAAAUCUGGGUGGAACGUACAUUCAAUGUCAUAGUCAAUCAUUGUCAUCAAUAUUCAACGGGCAUCUGUUCAAUAACGUGUUCUUUCGAAACAAUAAUGAUUCUGUAUUGACGUUCUAUGGAAUGGAAAUGUCGGCAUUUUGUAAUCUGUUCGCCAUACAGAAUGCUAUGAUGUUCAAUGAUGCAUAUGAUCGAAAUCUAAUUGAAUUUGACUCUGUGGUAGCCAAUUUCAGUCGAAAUCAAGUAUUUAAUAAUACAGGAAUGAAUAUUCUAUCGAUGGUGGGCUUUGAAAAGAUUACGGCACCAUUUCCAGCGGUAGAAAUGAACGCUUUUCGAAACAAUCGAGCGGUGGGUAAAUUGAAUCAACAGUUAUUUGAUCGAACGGGCGCUGUCGUUGAAGUUGGAAAUCCAAGACAGAUUUAUAUGUUCAAUACGUUCGAUAACUGGGACAGUCGAUACGAAAUGCGAACGAAAUCACGAUUAUACGAGCCGAAUCGAAUGGAAUCGAGGGCCGUCAAUGCUUCAUUGAAUUUUUGGGGACGAAUCGGUGAUGUGGACGAUAUUGGUGCUCGAAUCUAUGAUAAAUUUGAUAACAAAUCUCUAAUUGAAGUCAACUUUUAUCCUCCGUAUCUUGAGUCAACGCGAUUACGACAAGGCAAAUGUGAUCCUGGUUGGACACUGGACGAUAAUAUGUGCUACAUCUACCUUGGUGCUAUAACAACAUAUCGUAUUGCUCAAGAAAUGUGUUCAAGUAUCGAUGCUCGAAUAACACGUCGCGAUGUACCACUAAAUCGGCUAGUUAUUCUACGCUCGUUAGCACGCACAUCACAAUAUCAAGGCAUCAAUAGUGAUGCUGUUCCACCGUCGGGUAUUUGGCUGCGAAAAGACUAUAACCAAGAUUGUCGAGUCUUCAAUGACAUGCAAACGAUGGAUGCCAGUUGUAGUUCAACAGCUGGAUUUAUCUGUGAAAAAGAACAACAAUUCGAUGGAGCGAAAUAUAUUAUACGUGGUGAUCUACUUCUUGCUAUCGGUGGCUUGAUUCUAAUGAUUCUAUUUAUCAUUAUAUUCAUUUGUUGCUGGCUCUGCAAAUCUCGUCAGCGAAAGAAAGAUAAUUUUCAUCGUCAGAAUUCUCUUCGUCGUAGUGUCAAACAAGAAAUGAGUAAACAAUCAACAUUAUCACUGCAUAAGAGUAAUGACAAUACACUCGUGAAAAGCGCAACAUUAUCGACCCUCACCAAUGGCACCACAAAUAAACUACCAUUAUCAACUUUAUCCUUAUCCAGUCGUCCAUUAAGCAGUGUAACGAUGAAUUCGGAUCAAGAUCUAUCGACAUCAUCACCCGCUCAUCAAGACUUUUCCCUUCUAAAACUAAAUCAUCACAUACCGAAAGCAUCAACUCCUGCUCUAAGUGAUGACGCUGGUUCACAACGUGCACUUGUUCUCAAUACACAUACAGAUCAGUCCAGUGUUUAUUCAACAGCUACAGCCGAUUCAGCAACAUUAUAUCGAAGUCGACGACGAUUUGAACGCAAUCAAACUCCUGUUAUAACACCGUCCGCCCCGCCUGUGACGCAUCGACGUUCACGUCGAAAUCUUAAUCAACAGGAUUCAAGUGCUAGUGUUUCUACUGGUUCUGUGUCUCCGCCUCCAGCCUACGUCUCUCCCGCACAUCAACCACGUCGUCACCGACCGGACCAACUCCAUUUACUGACACCAAAUACGACUUACAGUCGAAAACCAUAUCUUAUGACCGCGCAAAUCGAUUCUCAUUCACAAACAAGUAGUACGCGACAUGAAUUUCCGCCACCUCUUGAAACAGAUAUCUAA